CCCGCACAUGUUGCUCCUCAGUCUACAGUCAGUCUGGUGGUAUGUGUCAGAGAGAGAGGCAACCUACGGUAUCUAGUGUCGCUGCGACCGGGACGGAGAAGAGUUUGCAUUCAGAGGUUUAAUGUUCGGCUCGACAUGCCACCUCACAUGGAUUACUUUUACCACGAGUCCCGAGUCCCAUCUGCGUGCGGGCUGACCCGGGAGGAUGAGCUCGAUCCCGCUGUCAUCAGCUGUAUGCUGGUCGGAGACGGAGCCGUCGGGAAGACCAGCAUGAUCAUCAGCUACACCUCCAACGGAUAUCCGACAGAGUACAAGCAGACGGGCUUUGAUGUCUUCUCCGGUCAGGUCCAAAUUGACGGAUCUCCUGUCAAAGUUCAGCUUGUGGACACUGCUGGCCAGGAGGAGUUUGACGAAUUCCGCGCUAUGUCCUAUGCCCACACGGAUGUCUUCCUCCUGUGCUUCAGCAUGGUCAACCCCACCUCGUUUCACAACAUCACCAAGAAGUGGGUACCAGAGAUCCGUUCUAACAACCCGACUGCUCCCAUCAUUCUCAUAGGGACUCAGUCCGACCUGCUGCUGGACGUAAACGUCCUCAUCAACCUGGACCGAUCCAACGUCAAGCCGGUUCUGAGCUCCCGGGCCCGGAGCAUGGCGGAGAAGAUCAGAGCCACGGAGUACAUAGAGUGCUCGUCGCUCACGCAGAAGAACUUAAAGGAGGCCUUUGACUCCGCCAUCUUCGCUGCCAUAAAGAACAAAACGCGUAAAACCAAGAAGAGGAGGUUUUCUGACAGGCGAACCAAAGCGUUCUCCAGGUGUAGCUGGAAGAAGUUCUUCUGCUUCAUCUGAACUCCUUGUGAUUGUCGACCCUGUGGGUUGUGGACAGAACCUUGUUAUUUAUUUGAUUCUCCUACUUUCACUUCGAUCACAUAUUCAGUAUGUGGCCACAUAGCACUGUUUCCUUUUUUUUAAAUGAUUUGGCUUAUUUUCAGUGGGAUGCCAAAUGGGGAAACAAAAGACACGCUUGAGAGCACUGAGCUAACAUCAGCAGUGACUACAGAGAGGAUUCUGGGUCGUUCUCACAUUGACCCGGGACAACAGUAUUGUUUACAUUACAUUUACAUGUUUGAUUUGGUUCACAUAGCCUGCGCCCCCUUGAGAGGAUAGGACGGUGUGAGCUGACACUUCAGUGUGGGGAGAUGAAGAGAUCAAGCUCGGGCAGGCACAGGGAGAGAAAAGAGAAAAGACCAGGUCUUCAUGUAAAGCUGUGAAUUUGCAUGGUGCUCUGCCUUUUAAUGUAGGCUUGUGAGAGAGAUAGAGAAACGGAAAGUGUCGGGUCUGUGUUUGAGCAGAUGGGCGUUAGCCACUUAGCUGCUGUGUUCCCACUGCCUGACUGCACCAGCGAUUUAUAUGAAGCAGCUGUGAGUUCACCUUGCUGUGUGAGCUGCCGCAUUCUUACCUGCGUGCAAAUCUCCCCAGGCUGGUUUUUCUGUUGCUAUUUUCUGUCCUCCCCAUUUAAGGUCAGCUGACACUUCUAAUCAAGCCGGUGUUUAUUUCCUGAUUCACAAUUGAUAAAGAAAACACAGAGGGAGAUUUUGUUUGUGAAUCUCCUCGUCUUAAGGUAAAAGGUUGCAAGAGACCAGUGACCUUUGGCUUUUUAUUCCCCUCUCCUCAUCAAUCUGCAUCUGUGAAAGCUAGCACUGCAGGGAUCCCGACUUCCUACCACCAACCAUCUUCAUCCCGGCUUUCUUAUUUGCCUCUUCUUUGUUUUGUUGGCUCAAUACGCUGCUUAAAUCCUCCCGUGUGUACAGUUAGGGGUUGCUAAACAGCCUAUGUGUGAAUGCAAGUGUAAGGUAAAUACACUU